AUGCGGACUCAAUUGCUAUCAGUGGCCGCCUUAGCAUGGACUGCCUAUGGCCAGGGCGUGUCUUCAGCGACCAGUCUGAGUUUCGAUGGCGCGGAUGCUGUGAGUCUGCUUUGGGGCAUGGACGGCGCACCCACAUCUCGCUACGACUUCUAUCUCUGUGCCGGGGACGAGACGACAGAUGAAUAUGAAUCCUUGUCGCAAGUGAUAAAGGAUGGCGUCUACGCCGCGGGCGACAUGGUGACCUUUACAGUCAAUCAGGAUAUAGGAGGCAAUCAACCCGAUGCAUACUUCCUGAAAAUUGUUCUAUCCGACCCACAUGAUUACUGGUCCGGGUUCACCUCGCAUUUCACUUUGACCAACAUGACGGGCUCAUUCUCGGCCAAAGUGACCACUUCUAUCAAGAUGAUGAAGCCGAAAUCAUCCCUGGAGGCCUCCUCGCCCCCCAAAGAUGAGGAUCAGCUUCUGGAGGCCGAAGAAGUGGCAUCCGCUUUCAACAUCACCAGUUCCCCAAGUACUUCAAUCGAGAAGGCCCUUCAAUUCCCGAUCCCUACCGCUUACGGUGGGAUUGAGCAUGAGCUCAAAAAGAGACAAAUUGCCGCUGCUGCGGCUCCUGCUGCGGCUCCUGCUGCAGGGGCGGCGGCGGCCGUCGAUCAACACACGGUCCCGUAUGGUGAUCAGACCGGCCUGACGAAGUAUGCACCCAUGCCAAAGAGGGCCGGGAGUACGAUCGCCACUAGAUCUGCAACGCCACAAUACCCACCUUUCCCAUUCUCCAUUGCCACUGCCUAUAUGAGUGCGGCGAGCGUACAAUACACCGACAUGGCGUAUGCCACAUGGACUGCGAACAGCAUCGAGAACACGGCUGCUCCUGCUCCUACUCCCACCUUGGACAAGAGAAUGCAGAAGUGGCUAGACCGUUGGAAGGAUUGA